UGGCUUCAAGAUCUGAUCAAACAUGGCAUCAGCAAACGGAUCAGUUCUUCGUUCUAUAUUUCUAGCCUUCUUUGUUUGGAGUUGAGUUGGGGUUCAAAAAGUUGACUUCAACGGCGAGGCUUUCAAGACCCACCAACAUAUGGUGAGCUGGUAAUGUGGGGUCAUAAAUUGGAACCAGAAUCUUCCCUCACACAAAUGGUUUGGAAUCAUAAACUGUCAAAAACUUAACGAGAGGCUUAGAUUAUUACUAUGAGAGAGAGAGAGAGAGGAGCUCAUUUCUUCGUGUGGAGGUGAUUUCCCGAGAGACAGCUUAAAAAGUCCUCCAUUUUAUGAGAUUGCUGUUUUUGGUCAUAGCUCAUGUUCCUCCCCCACAGACAGUGAAGACAACAUAUCUUUUGGUUUUAACUUAUAAAUGCAAUUUGGACAGAUUAGAUUUGCAGACUGAAGAUCUGAAAGCUUCCUAGAGGCCACUGUUUUGGAAACUUCCAGGUGAAAUUUGAUAAUCUUUUGAGUAAUAGGAUAUAGCAGAAUAGGGGCUUCUAAGUGGGAUUGGGGAUAUAGAUCAUUAUGGAAGACCGCAUUUUAUCAACAGGUGCUAUGCUGGGCACUCGUGCUGAUUCAGCUAUGGACUUUGACUGCAUGGAUAAAUUGUUGUUAGAAGGAUGCUGGCUGGAAACAAUAGAUGGAUCUGAGUUCUUUAAUCCUAGCCCCUUUAGUUCUGCUGCCUUUGUUGAUGCUUCAUUUCAAUGGCCUACUUCAGAGAUUAAUAAUUGUGACUUGGCUUCCAGUCCAUCAAAGAGGAGCAAUCGAGAAGAGGAACAAAUAUCAUUGUUGCCUAGGAAUUCAGCCUUGAAUGAAGCCCAUGGAAGAAGUCUGAUUAAUGCUGAGGCCCUUGACCAUGGAGUAGGUAGUGCCGACAGAUUGGGAUAUAAUACAACUGAAGGUUCUGAAGUAAGCAGAAGGUGGUGGAUUGGACCAAGAACAAACCCAGGCCCCAAAACUUCUGUAAGGGAUAGAUUAAUUAGAGCACUUGGAUACAUUAGAGAGUUCACAAAAGAUAAAGAUGUCCUUAUACAAAUAUGGGUCCCUGUAGACAAAGGAGGUAGACGUGUUCUUACAACUCAUGACCAACGAUUUGCACUCGUUCCCAACUGUCAAAGGCUGGCAAAUUACAGAGACAUAUCCACUAACUAUCAAUUUUCAGUUGAGGAGGAUUCCAAGGACAUGGUGGGGCUACCAGGUCGGGUUUUCUUGGGUAAGGUUCCUGAGUGGACUCCUGAUGUUCAAUUCUUUAGAAGUGAUGAGUACCCACGGGUAGAUCAUGCUCAACAGUAUGACGUACGUGGAACUCUGGCCCUUCCUGUUUUUGAACAAGGCAGCAGUACUUGCCUGGGGGUCAUUGAAGUGGUAACAACAAAACAAAAGAUCAAGUACCAUCCUGAGCUUGAAAGUGUUUGCAUGGCACUUAAGGCAGUUGAUCUUCAGAGUUCUGAAGUUCCAAGUUUGCAGCAUGUGAAGAUGUGUGAUAUGUCCUAUCAAGCUGUAUUACCCGAGAUUCAUGAAGUUCUGAGAUCUGCUUGUGAGACACAUAAAUUGCCCUUAGCUCAAACUUGGGUACCAUGCAUCCAGCAAGGCAAGGGAGGGUGCCGACAUUCUGAUAACAACUACUAUCGUUGCGUUUCCACCAUUGAUCUUGCUUGCUAUGUACAUGACACUGGUGUCCAGGCUUUUCACGAGGCUUGCUCAGAGCAUCACUUGUUGAAAGGUCAAGGAGUUGCUGGGGAAGCAUUUUUAACUAAUCAACCUUGCUUCUCAAGUGACAUAACUUCAUAUCGAAAAACUGAGUAUCCUCUUUCUCACCAUGCAAGGAUGUUUGGGUUGCAUGCUGCUGUUGCAAUUCGCCUACGAAGUCUGCACUCCGGUGCAGCUGACUUUGUGCUGGAGUUCUUUCUGCCUGCUUAUUGCACGGAUCCUGAGAAACAGAAGGAGAUGCUUACCUCGUUAUCCAUCACUGUACAACAGGUCUGCCAGUCCUUACGGGUAGUAACAGACAAGGAGCUAGAGGAGGAAACUGGCUGUCCAAUUAGCGAACUUUUAGCCUCUUCGGUUGAUACACCUCCCAAAGAAGAGAUGUUAGUGACACAGCCUUAUUCUGUAAGUUAUGGUGGAGAAAGUUUAUCCCAUGCUGACCGUCUCACAGGGAUCCAACAAAGUGGAAGUGUUGUCUCAUCAUGUCAAAAGAAGAAGCAAAAGGUACUUGAAGAUCAAAUAUCGGUAGACUGCUGGCAAAAUCAAGAAGAUUAUAGUCUAAAAGUUAGUGUUGAGAGUGGUGGUGAUUCUGCAGUUGCUGAAGGUAGCUUUUCAAGCGUAUUUAAGGGUAAAAAAGGAGAGAAAAGACGUACCAAGGCAGAGAAAUCAAUUACCUUGCAAGUUCUUCAGCGAUAUUUUGCUGGAAGCUUAAAAGAUGCUGCAAAAAGCAUUGGCGUUUGCCCCACAACCUUGAAAAGAAUAUGCAGGCAACACGGAAUAAAACGAUGGCCUUCUAGAAAGAUCAAGAAGGUUGGUCACUCCUUACAGAAACUCCAACUUGUGAUCGACUCAGUCCAAGGUGCCUCUGGUUCUUUUCAGAUUGGUUCCUUUUAUACAAACUUUCCCGAGCUUGCCUCUCCAAAUUUAUCAAGAAGCAAUCUGUUUUCAACCUUAAAGCAAAGCGAUCAUCCAGAGCCAUCAAGCAUACAGUCUGAGAGAGUUAUUUUCAGCUCUCAAGCAGCUACACCAAAAUCACCCUCUUCCUCGUGCAGUCAGAGUUCCAAUUCAAGCCAUUGCAUUUCCAGUGGGACACAGCUGCACGCAUCCGCAGUCACCACUCCCACCAGUGAAGAUCCUGUGCUUGGAGAAAACUCAGAUAAUUGUGUGUUAAAGAGGGCCAGAAGUGAUGCAGAGCUGCGUGCCUCUAUUCAAGAACAAAACCUGUUGCCAAGAUCUCAAAGCCAGAAAUCUCUUGGCGAACAACCUAAUUUGGGAAACCUUCUGCCACUACCUAAUAAUAGCAGCAGUAUACUUCGAGAUUUUGACACUCAGAGAGUGAAAGUCACAUAUGGAAAUGAGAAAAUCAGGUUUCGUAUGCCAAACAAUUGGGAACUUAAAGAUCUAUUACAAGAAAUUGCAAGGCGAUUUAAUAUAGAUGACAUACAUAAAUAUGAACUGAAGUACUUGGAUGAUGAGUCUGAAUGGGUCUUAUUAACUUGUGAUGAUGAUUUAGAGGAGUGUAUUGAUGUAUGCCAAUCAUCUCAAACCCAUACAAUUAAAUUCUUGCUCCAAGUGUCGCCUCAUCUCUUCGACAGGUCCAUGAACAGCCGUGGCCUCUCUUGAUACUAGUGAGACACAUUGAGCUGUGUCAAUGAGGUUGGAACUUGGAAGUAGAUUGUUCUCUUGGAGUUGAUGAAGUCCUCCAUUGAACCAACUGUAUUGAUGCUGAAAUGUUAAAGCCAUGCAGCAGACAGCUGAACAUAGUACCCAACAGCAAUUUUAGUGAUCUGAUGUUUAUGGGUUGCAGUUGGAAUGUGGUUUCAAGAGAGAAGUUGAUGAUUUUGGUUCUUCUGUGCAGAUUGUCCCUGUAUGCUUCGACGGGGCGAGAGUUGAUAAGCCUCUCUAUCAGGUAUAAAAUGUCCUUGUCAAACUGAAAUGGAGGAAAAAAUGAUUGUAUCAUGGAAGUGGUGUAAAUUGAUAAACGGGUUCCUCUUUUCUUUUCUACUGUUUCUGUUCUUUCAUUUGUCUUCUUGAUUUUUGUUUAGAUUAUUUUUUUGUGAUGCUCCCUGGUUUUGAGUGUCAUGACCUGACCAUCUACAGAGCAGAAAUGUUCUGGCUUCACUUGCUUUACAGGCCCAACUGGUUUUGCAAAGUAAUUUGCUUCCACUGUGUUAUGAAGGGUGAAUUUGCUUUUA